AUGGGUGAUCGCCCAAACCAGCCCAGGGCCAUGUCGUCUGCAGCCACCACAGCGCCCUCUGUGGACAAAGUGGACGGUUUUUCGCGGAAGUCCGUGCGGAAAGCAAAGCAGAAGCGUUCGCAGAGUUCAUCUCAGUUCAGGUCACAGGGGAAGCCCAUCGAGCUGACGCCACUGCCACUGCUUAAAGACGUACCGGCCCCGGAGCAGCCGGAGCUGUUCCUGAAGAAGCUGCAGCAGUGUUGUACAGUGUUCGACUUCAUGGACACUCUGUCCGACCUGAAGAUGAAGGAAUACAAACGAUCCACUCUCAAUGAGCUGUUGGAGUACGUGUCCGUCAGCCGCGGAUACCUGACCGAGCAGGCCUACCCCGAGGUGGUCAAGAUGGUUUCUCACAACAUUUUCCGAACUCUUCCUCCAAGCGACAGCAACGAGUUCGACCCUGAAGAAGAUGAGCCCACCCUGGAAGCGUCAUGGCCACACCUACAGCUGGUCUAUGAUUUCUUCAUCCGUUUUCUGGAGAGUCAGGAGUUUCAGCCCAGCAUCGCCAAAAAGUACAUAGACCAGAAGUUUGUUCUCCAGCUGUUGGAGUUGUUCGACAGUGAAGACCCACGGGAGAGAGACUACCUGAAAACAGUGUUGCAUAGAAUCUACGGGAAAUUCCUGGGACUGAGGGCUUUUAUACGAAAACAAAUCAACAAUAUUUUUCUACGUUUUGUUUAUGAAACGGAGCACUUCAAUGGAGUGGCAGAGCUGCUGGAGAUCCUGGGCAGUAUAAUAAAUGGCUUCGCUCUCCCGCUCAAAGCUGAACACAAACAGUUUCUCGUCAAAGUGUUGAUUCCACUGCACACAGUGAGGAGCCUGUCCCUCUUCCACGCACAGUUGGCGUAUUGCAUUGUACAGUUCCUAGAGAAAGACCCCACAUUAACAGAGCCGGUGAUUCGAGGGUUACUCAAGUUCUGGCCAAAGACAUGCAGUCAAAAAGAGGUCAUGUACUUGGGGGAACUGGAGGAAAUCCUGGACGUCAUUGAACCUACACAGUUCGUCAAAAUCCAGGAGCCGCUUUUCAAACAGAUAUCCAGAUGUGUGUCCAGCCCACACUUUCAGGUGGCGGAGAGAGCUCUUUACUACUGGAACAACGAGUACAUCAUGAGUUUGAUCGAAGAAAACUCCAGCGUCAUCCUGCCAAUCAUGUUCGCCAGCCUCUACCGCAUCAGCAAGGAGCACUGGAACCCAGCAAUCGUGGCGCUGGUCUACAACGUCCUGAAAGCCUUUAUGGAGAUGAACAGUACUUUAUUUGAUGAACUCACAGCAACCUACAAAUCAGACCGUCAACGUGAGAAGAAGAAGGAGAAGGAGCGCGAAGAGCUGUGGAAGAAACUCGAAGACCUGGAGCUGAAACGCGGCCUUCGAAGCGACGCCAUUAUUCCCACUUAA